AUGUUAAGGCAAUCAGUCAGAGCUUUUUCCACCACUGCGGUGCCAAGAAUGGCCAGAAUGUCCCUUAUUGGCACAAUUGGCUCGGACUUAGAGAAGAGAACUACAUCUACUGGUAAAGAAUUCAUUAAGUACUCAGUUGCUGUCAAUUCCAAGAAUAAGACUGACCAGAUAACUUCUUGGUUCAAUGUCGCCUGCUUUAUUCCUCCUCAAAUUAACUUCAUGACAACCUACUUGGGUAAAGGUGCUAAGGUUUAUUUGGAUGCCGACGUGUCGAACACUUCUUACGAGAAGACCGAUGGUUCAAAGUCCACAUCUUUGAUGCUCUUCCAGACCAAUGUCGAGGUUAUUAGAUUCCCUAAGAAGCCUGAGGAGUCUACAGAGUCCGCUUAA